AUGUAUUCUGUGGAGUGGCAGAAACGAGGAUUGCCACAUGCACACAUUUUGAUUUGGUUGGUUGAAAAUAUAAGGCCAAAUGAAGUUGAUGCAGUGAUAUCAGCUGAAAUCCCUAAUGUACAAGUAGAUCCUGGAUUGCAUGAGGUAGUUAUCAAAAACAUGAUACAUGGUCCCUGUGGAACUCUUAAUCAAAAUUCACCGUGUAUGAUGGAUGGUAAAUGUUCAAAACGAUAUCCACGGACAUUAAUAUCGGAAAUAAUUACUGGUAAUGACGGUUAUCCAUUGUAUCGUCGCAGAUCGACAGCAGACAAUGGAAAAUCAACAAUUGUCAAAUUAAAUCAACAAGAUAUUGAAAUAGAUAAUCGUUGGAUUGUUCCAUAUUCACCCAUUUUAUCAAAGACAUUCAAAGCACACAUCAACGUUGAAUCUUGCCAUUCAGUGAAAUCUAUUAAAUACAUUUGCAAAUAUGUAACCAGAGGGAGUGAUAUGGCUGUGAUUGGAAUUGGUGCAGAGAAUUCCAAUGAUGAAGUUACCCAAUACCAAAUGGGCCGCUAUGUCAGUAGUAAUGAAGCAGUUUGGCGAAUAUUUUCUUUUCCUAUUCAUGAGAGACACCCUUCUGUUGUUCACUUAGCUGUGCAUUUAGAAAAUGGACAAAGAGUGUAUUUUACAGCACAGAACGCAGUACAAAGAGCUACUCAGCCACCAUCUACUACAUUAACCAGUUUUUUUGAGACAUGCCAAAACGAUGAUUUCGCACAAACAUUGCUAUAUUCUGAAAUGCCAAAAUAUUAUACCUGGAAUCAAUCCUCAAGGAGAUUUAUACGACGGAAACAAGGAAAACCAGUUCCAGGAUAUACAGAUGUAUAUUCCACCGAUGCGAUUGGCCGGAUUUAUUCAGUACAUCCAAGCAAUGAUGAAUGUUUUUACUUACGACUGCUAUUAGUCAAUGUACGUGGCCCAACAUCAUUCCAACAGUUACGAACUGUUGAUGGUGAAUUGUGUGUAUCCUACAGAGAAACCUGUCAACGUUUGCAAUUGCUUGAAAAUGACGCUCAUUGGGAUCAAACUCUUAAUGAUGCUGUAAUAUCAUCACACGCUCAUCAAAUACGAACAUUGUUUUCUAUAAUCAUAUCUACAUGCUUCCCAUCAAACCCAAUUGAUUUGUGGAUCAAGUACAAAGAUUAUAUGUGUGAUGAUAUUUUGUAUCAAAUACAGAAUAGAAUGGGAAAUCCAAAUAUACAAAUCAGUGAAGAAAUUUACAAUGAAGCAUUGAUUUCAAUUGAGGACAUGUGA